AAAGAGAGAGGGGGUAGAGAGAGAGAGAGGCUGGACUCCAUUAGUGUGAGGGAAAGUGGUCGGGACUCUUCGCCUCUCUCGUCCUCUUCUUCUUCGGGGAUUUCUCUGUGUUUUCCUCGCGGGAGUCGGACUCAUACAUGGUUUAAAGAAGGUGGAAGUUGCAGUCGACGGGUUCAGAGUGUUUUUGUCUUCGUGAAGGAUGGCGCUGGACGGGAUCCGGAUGCCCGAUGGCUGCUAUGCCGAUGGGACGUGGGAGCUGAAGAUGCAUGUCACCGACCUCCACCGGGACGUGUCGCUGAGGGUCACUGGGGAAAUCCACAUCGGAGGAGUCAUGCUCAAACUUGUGGAGAAACUAGAUGUGAAGAAGGACUGGUCAGACCAUGCUCUAUGGUGGGAGAAGAAGAAGACAUGGCUGUUGAAAACCCACUGGACAUUGGACAAGUACGGCAUCCAAGCCGACGCCAGGCUGCUCUUCACGCCGCAGCACAAACUUCUGCGCCUCCAGCUGCCCAACAUGAAGCACAUGAAGGUCAAGGUCAACUUCUCGGACCGCGUCUUCAAGAAUGUGUCCGACAUCUGCAAAACCUUCAAUAUUCGCCACCCAGAAGAGCUUUCUCUACUGCGUAAGCCCCGUGAUCCUAAGAAGAAGAAGAAAAAGCUGGAGGAGGCAGAGGAGGAUGAUCUUGAGCUGGAGGGACCACUGUUAACCCCCGGAUCAGCCUCUGAGAUAGUAUACAUCGGACCUGUCAAAGGGAGCAUCUACUCCAGUCCGGGCUUGUACAGUAAGACAAUGACCCCCACCUAUGACUCCAGGGAUGGAAGUCCGCUGUCGCCCACCUCUGCCUGGUUCGGGGACAGCCCCUUGUCCGAGGGCAAUCCCAGCAUCCUCGCCGUCAGCCAGCCAAUCUCCUCACCAGACAUCCUGGCGAAAAUGUACAAGCCCCAGUCUCUGCUGGACAAAGCCAAAAUCAACCAGGGGUGGUUGGACUCAUCCAGGUCUCUGAUGGAGCAGGAUGUAAAGGAGAAUGAGGUGCUGCUGCUGAGGUUCAAAUACCACAGUUUCUUUGACCUCAACCCUAAGUAUGAUGCCAUCCGAGUGAACCAGCUCUAUGAACAGUCCAAGUGGGCCAUCCUGUUGGAGGAAAUCGAGUGCACGGAGGAGGAAAUGAUGAUGUUUGCUGCCCUGCAGUACCACAUCAACAAACUGUCAAUCAUGGCUUCAGACAACCACAUGAACAACAGUGAGAAGGAGGUGGACGAGGUGGAUGCAGCCCUGUCAGACCUGGAGAUCACGUUGGAAGGAGGGAAGACGUCCAACACACUGGGUGAUAUCACAUCUAUUCCGGAGCUUGCUGACUACGUCAAAGUUUUCAAACCCAAGAAACUGACGCUGAAGGGCUAUAAGCAGUACUGGUGCACAUUCAAGGAUAUCACAAUUUCCUGUUACAAGAGUAAAGAGGAGGCGCACGGGACACCUACUCUACAAAUGAAUCUAAGAGGUUGUGAGGUAACUCCAGAUGUUAACAUCUCUGGUCAGAAAUUCAACAUCAAGCUGCUAAUCCCUGUAGCUGAUGGCAUGAACGAGAUCUGGCUUCGGUGUGACACGGAGAAGCAGUACGCCCACUGGAUGGCUGCGUGCCGUUUGGCCUCUAAAGGGAAGACCAUGGCUGACAGCUCUUACAACCUGGAGGUCCAGAACAUUCUGUCCUUCCUCAAGAUGCAGCACAUGAACCCCGACCCUCAGUUCAUUGAGCCGAUCACAACCGACAUCAACCCGGAAUGCCUGGUGUCGCCGCGCUACUUGAAGAAGUACAAGAACAAGCAGCCAGGCUUUAUCAGGGACCUGAUUUCAGCCCGGAUCCUGGAAGCCCACCAGAACGUGGCCCAGAUGAGUCUCAUCGAGGCCAAGAUGCGUUUCAUCCAGGCGUGGCAGUCGCUCCCCGAGUUCGGAAUGACUCAUUUCCUCGCAAAGUUCCAGGGAGGAAAGAGGGAGGAGCUUAUCGGCAUCACCUACAACCGUUUGAUCCGGAUGGACGGCGGCACCGGAGAUGCCAUCAAGACCUGGCGCUUUAGCAACAUGAAGCAGUGGAACGUCAACUGGGAGAUCAAGAUGGUGACGGUGGAAUUCGCCGACGAGCCGAGCCUGUCCUUCAUCUGCGCCGAGGUGGACUGCAAGGUCGUCCACGAGUUCAUCGGUGGCUACAUCUUCCUGUCCACGCGCGCUAAGGACCAGAACGAGUCUCUAGACGAGGAGAUGUUCUAUAAGCUGACCAGUGGCUGGGUCUGAGCGGCACCCCCCAUCUACCCCCCCCCCCCGCCCUGAACAAGCCAGGGGUCAACGAUUGUGGGCCGGGGGGGCCGGGAGUGGAGCGGUGGGAGUGGAACCACGUUGUAUGGGGUUUAUUUUAUUCUACUUUUCUCAGUCUUUUAAAGUUUUUUUUUUUGGAGCUGUGCUGAAGAGUCCAGAGCUGUGCCGACAACCGUGUUCUCUGGGGUUUUGCCGACGAGGUCACAUGUUCUAACACUAAAUUGUGGUUGAAUCAGUUCAGACGAACUUUGAACUUAAACUCCUGUGGUUGAGCAGAAGCCUGUUUAGCUACGACCAUCCGCCACAUCCUCCGUCUCCUCCUCCUGCUCCUGGACCAACGGCCAUCAACUUAGCGUCCAUGACUUCCCUUUAAACAACAAUCAUACACCACAUUUAAUCCCAAAGAUCCUUUGAUUUUCUUUUUUCCCUCUUCACUCUUUUUGUCUUUGCCGCUUUCUCUUCUAGAACCGGACUAAAGAGCUGCUGUCAAACUGUCUUUGAAACAUGUUGUGAUUUAGUGCCACAGAUGCCCACAGUCAUAUCUAAUUAUUUAUCCUAAAACACAGACUUCGAGUCUGAUGAAAGGGGGGGGGGGGGGGGAUCUGUAAACAACAGCGUACAUCCUAUCCGCUCUAUGAAGGGUUUAAUCUCUAUGAAGUCACGUGUAAGCACUUCUACACUACACAGUCCUGAUUUGAAUAAGCUGUUUUUUAUUUUAAAUGUCUUUUUUUCUUUCGAAGUCGGUGUCUCCACAACUGGAGAGAGUCUAGUCCCUCCUAUGAACUGUCAUCAUAUUCUCUGACCGGUGCGACACCGAGAGCCUCAGCUUAGUCUUAUGUAUAUAACGGACUGCUGCUAGUGAGCAUGUCUGGAAACACACUACAGCUCAGUGCACUGUAACAAGCAUCCCGUUUGUUCAGAAUUUCGGGUUCAAACCAUGGAAAAUAAAGAUGGACGUGGCCUCUCCGCUUCCUCCCGUUGAACAAAACUGAAGCUCGGAUAUCUAAAAAUGCGUCCGUCUUGCACUUUUGACUUGAUUUGGAGCCGGAGUCUGGGCAGUAGUGGUUGUUCUGGAGCUGAGACGCCGAGGUCCUGCCGAUGCACGCGCUCAACCAAUUGCAAUCAUGAUGUUUCACCUUAUUUGUAUAGCAUCAAAUAAAACGGUUCAACAAGCAUGUGUGAUUAGAGCUACCUAAAACAACCUAUUUUAAUCCAUGUCCCAUCCACUAACACAGAGGAGGCGGAGACCUUAUACUGCCGCCAACCACCAGGAGGCGACCUAACAGCAAAAUUAGCUUGGUCUAAAAAGUCAUGUAUUCUCAUGUUCUCGACAUUUAGUGUUUUCUCAAAACACGUUUUAUAAACACUAAUCACUAAAGUUGUCAGUGUGCGUUUAUGGUGUCUCAUCCUAUCCACAGGUUUUUAUCCUUGUUUUUUUAAUAUUUAAACACUCAAGAAGCGAAAUGAUUUGUCGACAUGCCCACUACGUUUAGAAUGUUCUUUCCUUGUCAUGUGACCUUGAAAGUGCACAUUCAGAAACCAUCAGUCGGCUCCCUGUGGUCAUUCAGUCUUUUGUCCACAGGGUGUUCGAGCAGAGAUCUUCAGGUUUACUGACAGUAGAUCUCACUUGUAAUAUCUGCGUUUUCUGUAAAUCAGGUUGAGAUGUACGUCUUCUCCUCAUAGCGAGUGUCUGUGUCGUCCACCUACUAGAACCCGACUUUCAUCCACUGAGGAUGACACACGUGUGCUGGUGGGGUAAAUGUGUUUUUUAAAACGUCUCAUCCUAUUGGCAGUGAUUUUUCAAAGGGUCCACUCCCUUUAUCCAACCUUAAGCUCGUCUGUUAGGCCACCUUCUGUCCUCUCCUGACCCGCAAGUGCAGAUUUAGAAAUAAUGUGCAUUAACAUUUAUCCAGACGUGUGUGUUUUUGGCUGCAUUUGAAAAUUAAGGAUUAUCAUGCGUUCGAUUGCAUCCACAUUUAACAGCCCUGACAUCGCAUUGCUCUGUGCAAUGAUACUACAUAACACAAGGGGGCAUCCCUCCCUUCUGCCACCUUUUUCCUCCUUCUCGCCUUUCUGUCUGUCACGCCGUAUAGUAUUAAUAUUGUUGUUAUUCUUAUUUUUAUCAUUACACACCAGCAAAAGGUCACUGAGUUUGAAGAAUGAAUAUGCAAAAUGUUUUUUCUUUUCUCUUGUUCUCAGUUAUGAAGGAUCAGUCAGAAAGUAUUAUUUUUUUGUAACUAAUGUAAAAACACAAACAUUUUAUAGAAAUUGUACAGUUUUUUUUCUGCUUUUUUUGGGGGGGAGGGGUUGGAAGUUUUUCCUUUAAGGAAAAAAAAAAGAGUGUGGUGUCAUCUGUCAAUGUGUAGUACUCAACCGUGCCUGCUCAUGUUGUGGUCUUACCGGGUUUCCAGAUGAAGAUAUAUAUGAUUAUAUAUGAAGAUAACACGAGUCUCAAACUCCAAAUUUGAUGAAGAUGUUUGUCGAGUACAUAUAUAUUUUUUUGUUCUAAAAUACAGAUACGUAUGCCUUUUAAAUGUGUUCUUUUUUUUCUUGUAUUACUGCUUAAUUUUAUUGAUUUUCUGCUCUCUCUCCUACCACCUGUGGCGCAGAGUCUCAUUUUACGCUCAUUCUUUCGACUGACGGUGAAAAUUUACGUGCAUUUUUUUGCUGCAAAUUUAAUUUGCACUGUGCCUUUUUUUUGUUGUUGUUGAAGUACUUCACCUAUUCGUCUGAUAUUGUGUCACAACCGAAGUGUGCCAUUUAAUAAUUGUCCAUAUGAAGGAUGAAGGAGUUUGAGACGAAUCAGCAAAAAUGAAGUUGAGAGGAACAUCAAGCCUCGUCUUUGUUCUCUGAUGUGUUUGUUCGCCUCCAGUGUCGGGAGCAGCAGUGCAUGUCCUGCUGCUCUGUUUUCUGACUGUAAAAAUGCAUUUAUUUUAAAAAUAAUAAAGUAAUUUUUAUUUAAA